CGAUGGGGACCCGCUCCUCCAGGGGAGGCGCAUCGUACUGGUAUGCCUUCCUGUGCCCCCGUGGUGGGCCCUGUGCGUGUGUGGCUCUUCCAGGACCGGCGCGGGCGACUUGGCCAGCUCGUGUCCUCCCGUGCCAGGGCAGACGUUUGACCUUCUCGCAAUGGGCCGCACCUCGCCCCUCAAAGAGGUUGGCUUACGCCGCGCCUUCGCGGGGGGCGCUGGGCCAGACGCGGCCGCUCUCUCGGGCAGAUCGCUCCCGAGAUCGGGGUCGCUGCGCGGGCGGCUGGUCCGUCGUCGAGAGGCCGGGUACGGAUAGACCGCGCGGUUGCCCGCGGCGGCUGUGGCUGUCGCUUGCCGUGGGCGCUUGGUGCCUGUGCUGCAGAGAUCCUGAACUGGAGGCGGUGAGCAGAGGGGGCAGAGGACGGGAGAGGCGAGGAUACGCCUGCGCUUCCAGCGCGCAGCGACGUCAGUGCGGGGCUGCCGUGCGUGAGCAGGGCGGCAUUAGGACGGCCUGGCCGACCAAGAUCCCCAGGGGCAACGUGCAGCCGCAUAGGAGAUGCCGUGGUGCGGUGCGGGAGACCUAGGUUGUAUGCAGCCGAAAAAAGUUGACUCCGCGCUCUUCCCUCUGGUGCACUCUCUGGCUUUGUCGAUCCACCUGCUCGCCUCGUGAGCGAAAUGAUAUCCAUAUUCGAGAUACGGAUGUGCUCGCCGCUCACGGCAUGCACUCCUUGGCAGGCUGGCGUCGUGGACUGUUCUCUCUCCCGUGGCCUCGACGCCUCGGUCUUCGCAGCUGCGCUCGCCACGGCGCGCUCGCAGGGUGCGGAGCAGCUGCUGGCGCGCCGCGGCGCAGCCCGAUGCCACGGUGCCACGACCUCGGGGCUGGCGCGUGUGGCGGGUCGUCGCUCCGAUCUCCGGCGGAGCGCACGGGGGUCCCUGCGCGCCACGCGGUGCCUGGAGCGCUGGAUGCGGAGGAGGAGUGGGGGG